CACUGGAUCAGAGGAUGCUGAUUGACCAGCCCGAUUCCCUCCAGCAAGGCUGUGCCAAAAGCUGUCGACCUUCCUUGGUUCCUUGGGCCUCCCGCAUCCUUGAUCUUGGAUAGAUCUUGGCUGGCUGCGGGGGCGAUUGAGUUUAACGCCUCCUAGACGGGACCUGGUCUAUACUUUUGUAUACUUGUGUCUUGGUCCUCCUCAUUCUUUCGAUAGCGUUUCAAACAAGCAACUACUUGAGCUAUAACGGCUUCAAGAUUCAACGAUAGCGAUGCGCCCUACGAACACUGCUCGCACCGAGCGCGUGUUUCCUCCGUUACUCAUACUGUUACUUGCUUUCUUUGCUCUAGACUUCUCUUCAAAAGCUUCUGCCUAUACCACGAAUCCAUUCUUUGUCCGGAACUCGAAUCCGAAACCUCGACCUGCUCGAUGGGGCCCUCCAGAGAAGAGAGAUGGCUCCAUACCUCUUGUCAUAAGCAAUAAUUGUGGAGAUACCAUUUGGCCAGGCAUUGGAACUCAAGCAGGCACCGGCGCUGGCACUGGUGGAUUUGAGUUAUCAUCUGGAGACAGCAAGGCCUUGACAGUGAGCCCAGAUUGGCAAGGCAGAGUUUGGGGAAGAACGAAUUGCAGUUUCAAUGUUGCAGGGACGGGAGCAAGUAACUUGAACGGCAACAAUGGUGCAGGUGCUGCUUGUUCAACGGGAGAUUGUGGUGGAGUUUUAAGCUGUGUCCUCACUGGCGCAACUCCUGUUACUCUGGCCGAAUUUGAUCUUGCGGGUGGUACUGGAGGCACUCAAACGUUCUACGAUAUCUCUCUCGUCGAUGGAUACAACAUCCCUUUAGGCAUAACCUACAUUCCUGGCGAUAGUGCUUCACUUCAGGAUAUUCCUCCAAACCUGACCAACCCCGCUUGCAUUGGAACAGCGGGCUGGCUCGCUGAUCCAUCUCCAUCUGGAGAGAAUGGCAACUCAACCAAUUCGACGUACCCAGUACCAUUCGAGAGCAAACAAACCAAUGCUAUGGUUGCUUCUUGGUGUCCUUGGGAUCUUCAAGUGACCCAGCCCACCAAACCAGGUGAUGGAGUCUAUCCAUAUCCAGAUGAUAACAUCCAACGUCCAAUCUUCGAUCCUUGCCUCUCUGCUUGUUCUAAGACCAAUUCACCUUCAGAUUGCUGCACGGGCGCUUAUGACGACUCGUCGAAAUGUUCACCAAAUCUCUACGCGACAUCCGCAAAAGCUGUCUGUCCAGACGCCUAUUCGUACGCUUUCGACGAUCAAACGUCGACCUUCAUCAUUCCCUCAGGCGGAGGGUGGGAAAUCACUUUUUGUCCCGAGGGAAGGAGUACGAAUAUCCUGGCGACGUUCAAACAGCAAUUAGAAGCGCUAAGUCAAGGAGGCGGGAAAGUCAGUAAAGAGAUCUUGGCUGAUUGUAUGAAUAUUACCAUUAUCAACGAAGGUUCUAAGAACGGUGGCGAGAGGACCAGAGGCGAACCAAAUAGAUUUGGUGGGAGUCUUGGGGCGUUGGUGGUGGUUGUUGCUUGGGCUGUGCUUUGGUAGAUUUGCAGGUUGGACAAGUGGAAGAAGAGCAGGCUCGAGGCAGGAGGCAGAUCUGUUAUGAUACCCACGUGAUGCGAGACGAUACCCCUAUUACAGUUCAAUUCAGUACAGUACCUAGACUUUACUUUAUGAGACGAAUGAAUCAUAUCAUGAC